AUGCCCCCCAAACCAACAAUAGCCAUAGCAGGCGGAACAGGCCACCUAGGAAAACACAUAACAACCGCCCUUCUCAGCAAACCCUUCAUCACCUCCUUCAACUCCAUACUCCUCCUCACCCGCUCCGAAGCCAACCCCUCUACCUCCGACAUCCCCUCCAACCCCAAACUCCAACUCCGCAAAUACACCCCAACCAACCUGGCCCACACCCUCGGGGACAUCGACAUCCUAAUCAACGCAAUCGGGCCCUCCGGCCACAGCUUCAAGGAAACGCUCCUCCGCGCCAUCCCCAAAACAGAUAUCAAAUUAUACAUCCCCUCCGAAUUCGGGGUAGACCAUUACAUACACGACUUCCCGCAUUUGGAAUGGGACGCUAAGAAGCGGCAUUAUGAUCUCGCGCGGGAGAUAUUGGAUCCCGGGGUGAGGAUUUGUCGGGUGUUUUGUGGAUUGUUUAUGGAGGAUAGUAUUGGGCCUUGGUUUGGGUUUGAUACUCGUGGCGGACGGUAUGAGAGUGUGGGUUCGUCUGGGGAGGUGGUUUCGUUUACUGGGUUGGGGGAUGUGGGGAGGGUUGUUGCGAGGCUUUGUGGGUUGUUUGCUGAGGGGGGUGUUGGGAAGGUACCCGAUGUCCUGCAUGUUGCGGGGGAUACGAGGUCUAUCUCUGAUGUUGCGGGGUUGGUGGAGAAGGAGGGGGGUGAGCCUAUUGAGGUUACUGAGGUUGCGUUGAGGGAAUACAAGGAGAGGGUUAUCAAGGUGGUGGGAAGUGAUCCAGCGCCUUAUUUGAGGUUUCUCAUGGGGGAGGGGAAGAUUAAUCAUUCCCCGACUGGGUUGGGGUGUGAUAAUGAGGUGGUGAAUCCUAGGGAGCGGGUUUGGAAGUGGAAGUCUUUGGGAGACUUGGCGAGGGAGACUCGGGGGAGGCCUUGGGGGGAUUUUGAGUGGCCCAGGAAGUAA